CCAAGUUUCAUUAGCUUCGUUGAUCGUCAUGUCUUUUCGCUCAAGAUCGCGCACUCAGGCGCCUCUCUCCAGUCGUCGACGUUCACUUUCUUCCAGCUCUAGGGUAGGAUCAGCUGGUGCCUGUGGUUCUGGCGUCUCCUCCUCCACUUCGGGUGUAUAUAACUAUAAUGGCAGCAGUUAUAAUGGCAACAGCACACGACCUCUAAGCACUGGCUAUUAUCCCAGCACCUCAGCGAGCAGCAGCAGCUAUCAGAGUCCCUAUGCCAGUAUAUAUAGCUCUAGGGAAAGUUUAUAUGGCGGUGGUAGUGGUGCCAGUGGAUAUGGCAGUAGCGGACGUAAUACUUCAUCAAGCGGUGGCGCUGGCGGUUAUUAUGCAAAUGGUAAUGUUUGCAAUCGAUAUGAGUUCUUGGCGGCUCAUGGCACCGCCAAGUAUCAUCAUCAGAAUCACAACAAUCAUCAGCAUCAUCAUCAUCAUCAUCUGCAGCCAACCGCAAUCAAUGGUGGGCAAUCGUCAUUAAACGUAUCUUCAUCUACUGCAGCCUCCUCAUCAACCAUAGCUCCAGCUACAAGCAAUUCUAUGCCAACAUCUGCAGCAUCCGCAACUAAAACGCAUCACAGUAACCGCUACUAUAUGCAUUUGCAUCAGCUACAAUCGCCGAACUCUGCCUCCUACCAUCAUCAUCAUAUUGUUGUGAGCAGCAGCAAGCUCAGCAAUAACUAUGUGCCAACUAAAUCAACGUCUGCCCUCCUCUCCUCUUCUUCUGCUAACUCGACUGCCUCUUCAUCGGCAUCGUCCUCAACGAAUGGCGGUGGCACUUCUAAUUGCACCUCCUCAACAGCAUCCAGCUAUGACAGUCCACGUUAUGGGUCCAGUGGCUAUGGCGCAACAUCGUCGUCUCCCUACAGCAGCAGCAGCAGUGAUCAUCAUCAUCAUCAUCGUUAUGUUAGUCCCUAUUCGAGCAGCUAUGACAAUGGUGUGACAACAGCUUCGCUUAGUUUCAAAUCACCCAGUUUGAGUUCUUCCAAUUCGUUCAAGGGUGGCUCUUCGCGUCUCUUGAAGACCAAAUCCCUAUCCACAUCGAACAGUAGUUUAAAUGUCCCAACAUCACCAUAUAGCAGCAGUUCAACAACCGGUGGAGCAACUGCAGUUGGAGCUGGAGCUACUGUGGCAGCCAUUGCGGCCACACGUAGCAAUUCGUUGCGUGAGCAGGAACGUAAAUCCCGUAAUCGUACACGUUCUCGCAGUGCAGCGCAGCGUUCCAUCAGUGCCUCAUCAGAGAAGAGUGAGGGAUAUGAAAGUGGCAGCGAACGUACCUCUCGCUCUCGCUUGGGUAGCACAGCGAGUACCGCAACCACGAGCGCGGCCAGCGAUACAAAAUCCUCAAGUAGCAGUAACGAUAAAACAGAAAAUGGAGAUGGUAUUGACUACAAAGCGCUUUGGGAAGCGGCCAAAUUGGAGAACGAUAAGCUAAAGCAAAUGCUCAAGCAAAAAGAUGAUGAAGUUGUCCAGACGCGGGCAACACUCGAACGAUUUGCCAAUGCUACAACGAAAAAUUCACUCUCUGAGAUUGAGAAACGUGAAAGAAGAGCUAUGGAACGCAAACUUUCCGAAUUGGAAGAAGAGCUCAAGCAACUCGAUGCCUACAAAUCGGAUAAUCAUCGCCUGAAGGAGGAGAAUGCUGCUUUGAUUAGAGUAAUUAGUAAAUUAAGUAAAUGAAAUCAAUUGAAAUUAUAUGUUUUACUUUAACAACAAAAAGAAAACAAAAAACAAAUCAAAUCAAUCAACCAACCAACCAACCAACAUGGGAGAAACAACAAACAAAUCUAUAUCAAGAUGAGAAGAUGGCAAAACAAAAGAAAAUUUCAAAAACAACUUCUUUAAACUUUUUCAUUUCAUAUGUUGCUUAAUAAUAUAGUAAACGACAGGAUUGAAACAUUAUAUAUACA